ACACACAGCACCUACCCUCUCCACCCCUCCUCUGGACAUUCAUCCCAGCAUGCGCCACCUAUUCAGAGGCAAGACCAACAGUCUCUUCCUCAGAUUUAAAGCAGAGCUUUGCACUGGAGCUACAGCUAAAUGAAUCCAGCGUAUCCUGCGUCCACACACUGAGAGCCAGUGAUCAGAAGAGAAACGUCAACGGAUCAGGUGCAGCCUCUAGUCCUCUCUGUCUUGCCCUCCCUCAUUGGGACAUACUGCAAAGGAGGACUGAGCACAGGGAGGCACUCUCUGCAAGACCUCUGUAGUUUGUCUAGUCAGCAUUCCUGUUUUGAUUUUGUGCUCUGUGCUGGGUCUCGUGUGGCCCCUCAACACCCACCCUGACCCAUCCCACCCAAGACAGAAGCACAUAGACACCCAGGAAACAGGCAGACAUACAGAUCAUUGCCGGACAAGUGAGCAGACAGUUUGAGAUGGAGUUGCAACAAGGUAGAAGAUCAAUUCUGCACAGGUGUGUGCAAUCUGGUGAUGUAUUUCAUGCAGGUCUGGUUAUCACACUUCUGCUCGGAGUAUGGUAUGCUCAGGCAUUGGAGGUGAAUACAGGGAAGGUUAAUUUCGUUGAAGUGAUGAAUGGAAGUUCAGUCCUCUUACCCUGCACUUACUCAAGCUGCAUCGGCAUUAAAAACCUUUACUUUAACUGGCAGUACAAGGACAAUGGGACAUUGAUUAAGCUCUGUGAGGCAGUUAUACCAGCAGAAGGAAUAGAACCUCAUGUGAAAAUCUAUCAUGAGCGAGUGGUGUUUGUUGGCUCCAGUAAGGAUAGCAACAUCUCCAUCCUGCUGCAUAACGUCACCUUCGAGGACCAGGGAGAUUACAUCUGCUUCGCCAUCAACCCCAAGGAGAAGGGCCGUAACCACAGUGCAGUUUUCUCUCUUUAUGUAGUGGAUGAAUUGAAAGAGGUUGACAACACGUUGACGAUCAUCAUUGUGUCUGUGCUCGGAGGGGUCAUAGGUCUGAUCAUUCUCAUCAUGGUGGUGAAAGCUGUGGUCCUCUCCGUUCUAAACAAGGUCCAGGAGAAGAACAAAGAGUGCCUUGUGAGCUCUUCAGGGAACGACAACACAGAAAAUGGCCUCCCGGCUUCCAAAGCAGACAGCAAACCAACACCAAAGGCUUGAAAAGAAGUGUGUAUGUCUACAUAUAUGAGCAUAUGUAUGUGUACAUACAUACAUGAAUAUGACAGAUCACAAUGGACAGUUUUAUUCUCUUUAUCUUUUGACAAAACUGCUAAGUGUAUUAAUAUGUGAAAAUAUAUAUAAAAUAUAUUUUAGAUUUUGCUUGAGGAAAACUAUAAGGUGCUGCAGGCUGGAUCACACACACUUUGCUGAACGGCAUAAGAGCAAAUGAUAGAUGAUGCUUUAGUGUGCUUGCAUUCUGCUCUCACUAGUCUAUAAGACACAGCACACACACACUGCCUUUGUUCACAAACUGCCAUAUCCGUUCAAUGCUCAACAGCACAAGAGCCAUACAAUGAAGUGUUUGCCAUUAAAUUUGACCUGUUCAACUUUAUACAUCUUCAAACUGCAUUCCAAACAUUCCUGAUAUGAAUCGUUCACAAGCUGACCAAUCAGCAAAAAGAACACACAAAUGAGUAAAGGAAUGAAUGACACAUAUGAAUAAAGUAGUUGUUUAUCCAUGUAAAACCAUAGGUGCCACAUAGAAUUGGAACAUGUUUACUACAAAUCCAAGCAGCUAACAGAGUCUGAUAUUAACCACUCUCACUAAUUUUACAAGUGAUUAAUAGGUCAAAAAGAGCAGGAUGUAAGUGCACUAUAAGGCCAGAAACAUACUCUACACAACUACAAACGCAAAUGUUUGCAUUGCAGCUUAUUCUGACCAAAAGAAUCACGUACUCACGCAAGAUAAGAUCGCCUGCCUUACAUGUCAAGAGACCAACCGGGCUUUGCUUUUACAUGUUGUUUGGAGAUGGGUUAAUCUGAAAUAAAUUAUAAUAGAUAAUAGAGCAGCAUAAAUAAAUUAAUUUCUAUCAGAAAGACUCUAGAUUAUUGGAAGUAAUACAAAUGAAAAGAUACUUAUAUCAUUUGGCGUAAGCCCCAUCCAACGGUUCAGUGCUCAGAUGCUGCUUGAACCGUCAGAUUCUGCCGUAGGCAAUGACGGCAGGGGAGCAGAGCUUAUCCCCAGGACGGGACCUAAACUGGUGGAGAUGGAGUAGGAUGGGGGGUAAAAACACAGAAGUAUGCGAACAGUGAGAGACAGCUGGCCGGCUUUUAAAGUGGAGCUGUAUUGGGAUUAGAUGAGAUGCCUGAUGAAUAUAUCCUGAGGUCUUCCUGCUAGAACUACUCUUACUCUUACACUGAAUAAUUGCAUAGAAGUCUCUACAAAGUCUCUCCUGUUGUACAAAAAACACAGGAGAAAUAACAAAGCCUACUGAAAAAUAAAAACACAGUGCACAAAGUUAACCAAUCAUAUUAUGCCUUUAGUCAAAUAUGCUUGCUAUUGCGCCCCCUUGAGCGUGCAGCGUGUACUUGCAUUGCGUUAUGAACUGCUUUCUGAUUUCGGAACAAGAAGAUGCAUCAUAUCAAGCCUUUCAUAGCUAGAAGUGGUUGCAUUUACGAACUUGAAUGGAGUAUGUUUCUGGACUAAAAGCAAAGUUUGAAGCAUUUUAAAGAAAAAAAUCCAUCAUUUUCUAAAAGACUUAACAGAGACACAGAAAAGGGGUGUAUAUUUGGGAUCCAGUCCAGCACUGUUUAUUCUUCUCUUUUUUUAAUUUGCUUUAGAGUAGACAAAACACAGGUGCCUGUAAAAGCUUCAAGCUCCACAUGCUUCCUGGGAGCCUUCAAAUGCUAUAUAGAUAAAUGAUUUAAACAAUGCUCACAUAAGAUGCUCACAAAAAAAAAAAAAAAAAAAAAAAAAAAAAAAAAAAUUCUUAGAAAGUCAACACCUUAAAAUAUAAAGACAAUCCCCAGAAACCAACUCCCUAUAGGAAAUGAAUGAUCUUCUGAUGCUGCUUUAACAAAAUAACUAGUCACUUUUCUUAAAUGCAUGUGAAUGAUUUUAUACAUCUAAUGUACUAUGUAUACAUUUCUCCAUACAGUGCUCCUGUCUUUCUUCACACAAUCUGGACAUUACAUUAUCAAUUAGUGCUUGUUGUAUGCAAUGCCACCCUUGCUAGUACGUCUUGUAGGUUUCAUGUCUGAAAUAUAGACUUGGCAUGUUGUGCCACUGUAGUUAACUGAUGAAGCUUAUUAUGUCAUUCAAACUCCACAGGGCAUCAAGAUGCAUCAGAUUAUGCCAUGGUUGCCCAUUGCAAAUUUUGACUUUUGGCAUAUGAAUUAGCAAGCUAGAAAUUAACUUCUGUGUGCCUAUCAACAAUUGGAAGACACUUACAGAUUUGCAUAGAAGAUACCAUCAUAUAUGGAUAAAACUGCAAGAAUUCUGUGACAAAAUAUAACAGUAUGAACUGUAAUAUUUGAUAUGACUCUAGCUAAUUACAGUUAACCUGUAACUAGGUUAAGCACAGCCCUAAGAAAUCAAUUGCCAAAACAGAAGAUGGUUUACUGUUGCUUCUGCCUUAUUUUGUUUGUUCAUUUGUUUUGGAUCUUUGUCUUUCUUUUUGUUUUGUAAAAACCCUAAGUGCACAACGCUCAUUCAUAUUCAUGUUGCCAUAUCUGGUUUAAGUGAAAAUAUAUUGACAAAUUCAUAACAUGCAAUGAAUGUCACUUUGCGAUUACUCUGCAAAAAUGCAACAAACCCCUCAUUAGUCUUCCCUCCACAACCCAAAGACGAAUGUACGUGAUGUUUGUAGUUAUGGCAUAAUUAAGAGGGGAUGAUUUUGGGCACUUUAUUAUAUAGAUAAAUGUAACAGAAUAUAAUCAAUGUAGUGCGAUGAGAAGAGCUAUAUAUAUUUUAUUGCAGGAUAUUUAGAGAAUAUGUAGUUAAAUAGCUGCAGUGGUGAUAUUGCGAGCAUAGGAACAGGAAUAAUUCAACUCUUUGAAUGGUUAUAUUUCUAAUAUGUGCACAUAUUUAGAAGUCUUCCAAAACACUUGACUCUUUGUUAGAAAUCAGGGGCUUUGGCAAUCUCAACUGUUUGGGAUGCUUUUGACAGAGCGGUAUGAAAUCCUUGCUUCAUGCUUUUAUUGGAUAUGCAGUCUCAUUUAUUAAUCUGUUUUACUUGGAACAUUGUCUUUUUUGACAAUAAGUACUGCAACACCUUACCAUUACAGGUAAAGUUCACCCAAAAAUAAGAAAUCUGUCAUUUUCCAUUCACAUAGAACACGUGCACUUUUUCCAUUGUUUUUCUAUGUCAACAUGUGCUAGAUGGACAUUUUUGACUGUUCCGAGGUAUACAGUUGUUUUUCAUCGUCUCGUGCAGAAGCACUGCGUAAUUUAUAGCCGUGUCAGGUUAAAAAGAGCGUCCCAUUUUAAAAGUGGUAUGGAAGUAUAUUAAUGACAAAUGUCUUUGGGAAAAAAAGCACACUGAAUUGCACUAAUUGAAAAAUAAACAGAUUGCAUUAUUGAGGAUGCAGUUUCAUAUUGUUGUAUAUUUCAGCUGUGAAUAUUUAUCAAUUGAAAACAUUUAGCAAAAUUUCAUAAUUAAAAAUUCUAUAAUAAAUAUUCACCUUCCAAAGUUCACAUCCAAAAUAUUCAGUUAUAUUUAAAUUUCAUCUAUAUUAUUGUACAGGUAAUAUUCAGUCUAUAAUAUUUCACCUUGCAAAUUCGGUGGUUCAGAAAGCAAAUUUGCUCUUGAUUUUUCGAUUGCAGCACCUAGUGGUGAAGCCUUGUAGCAUCAAGUGAAGAUUGUGCAUCGCCACUCUACUGCUUUUCCUGCAGUGCAAGGAGGUACAAGCUUGAAAUUCCAACCGAAUUUGAACCACUGAUAUUUUAGAGGCGAAUUUGCAAAGAGAAAUACAAUGGACCUGAUAUUACCUGUCAAAUAAUAAAGAUUAAAUAAAAUUUAAAAAAUUAAAUUAAAUUACAAAUUUAACAUAGCAUUUAAAAUUCUGGAUGUGAAUGCUGGGUAGAUGCCUGUUGUCCUGUAUUUUAUUGGCGAGAGGUUCGAAAUGUACGGUGAAAUGCUAGAGGGGGACAAUUAAUGUGUGUUAAGAUCAGUCAUGAUUUGGAGAAAGGGUUUGAUACCACUCUGUCCAACAGAUGCACUGUAUAAACAUAUACUGUAGAUCAUGUGGUUAGUGUUGAGUGUCUUAACUCUUGUUGAGCUGUUAUCAUCUGUGUGGUUGAUCUGAAUGUGUUGAGGCAGUAAUGGUCUCUCCAUCACUUGUUCUCUCUCUCUAACACACACACACACAUAAUCUAGUCAGUUUCCAUGGGGCUCUGAUUUGGCCUUUAUUUAUGGCUUAACUUUUAAAUUUAUUAUGCUUCAUGCAGCUUGUUGCCUUUUGUCAUUCGCAGUAAAGGCCCGGGUGUACGGUACUUCAUUUUUGUGCGUUCUGGAUCGGAUCGCGCCCGGUCAACCGCGUUGCCUUUCGAAGUAUACUCCUUUGACUGCGAGCAAAUACAACUGCGCUCGACGCAUGCGCUCUACGGCUGCUUUGUGAUACUCUUUGAGUACAGUCAAUGGCUGGCGCAUGUGCCGACGAUUCCCACAGAUGAGGGCUGUGCAUGUGUCAAGAAAAUUUGGGCAGUGCGCGGACAGUAUGCGCAGACUGUGCUGAUGGCAAAAUUUUCGUCUUCGCACACUGUGCGCAUAGCGAUCAGCAAAGUAAACUUUGGGUUUAAGUCUGUUUAUGGAUUUAAACCAAGUCAUAAACAUUGAAAUUACGUAAAGUAGCAAUACUGUAAAAAAAAAAAACAGAAAAGAAAACUUAAAAAAAGAAGAAGAAGAAGAUUGAAAAAUAUGACUAAUGGCCCUCAAGAAUGGACUGUUGAACGCAUCUUUUCUUGGAGCUUCUUUUUAUUAUUUUGCUUUCCCUUUUACUGUAGUUUUAACCAAACUCCUGUGCUGUUCCAUUUUAUGACUUUAUAUAUAGUUAUAGAGCUGAUUUCUCAUAACUACUUUGUUUUCACUUGGAUAUUUACUAAUUGUAAAGUGCAUAGCCAUUUGCUUAGAUAUGUUGUAUCUUGGUCUGUCUGGUUGGCACCAGUGGCGGGCCGUGCAUUAAAAGUCCAGGUCUUCAGUGUGAUUCAUGCCAUUAAGAAAACGUUUCACAUGAAUAAGACACCCUAUGCCUUUGGGCAUCAUACAUUAUGUCGCAGCUAACUAAUAAUACCAAUUGACAUUUUAAAAACACGUCCACGCAUGAAAGCCAGAACUUGAAACAACACUUAAUGUUCAAGCAAGCCUAAUUUUAACUGCAGCAUGACUGUUUUGUGAAAUGAACGUCUCCCGAACAGACAUUAAAAAAUCAUAAUUUUUCAUAUGAAUCUACCAAGGAGGUUUAUAAUACCUAGAAAAAUCUAUCUAAUAAUAUUUGCGAUUUAAAUAUUACUUGCAAUAAAUUCCGUUUUGUCAGGGUACACGGUUAUGCUGCGUUCCAUUCAAGCUAGAUGAGGGAUAUUCCUACUUGAUAUCUCCGACCAUAAAUGCAUUCCAUUCCCUGAUAUUCGGAAGAUGACGUUUAAGGAAACAAAACUGCAAUGCUCCCAUUAGCUUAGCAGGGGUCUGACUCUCAUUAGAGAUGUCUCCUAGCAACCCAACUGAUAAACAAUGCUGCAGCGCUAGAAUUUGUGCUUCAGGUGUACGAUUAUCAAAAGAGAUUAUAAUUUACCAUGUUUUAUACACCUGUUUCUGCAGGCGUUUGUUAAACAAGCUUUAAUAUCAUGUAAUGUGGAAAUGAACUCAUUUAUCGAUAUUACUUAAUAAAGUGAAUGUUUAUCACUUACUUUGUAUAUCUCCCUGAGUGUCGACAUGUUUGUGUGACAUCAUGCCCCUGUAUCUCGGCGAAAUCGGUGUUGAGAAUUUCUGCACAAGCUGUUCUGACUUCAAGAUGCAUCCAUUGCACUUUUCCUAGUAGGAAGUUGUAAAAUCCGACUUUCCGAGUUGAAUGGAAUGCAGCACUACUUUUCAAAACUUGAUCUGACACUGAAUGCUCAGCAGCCUAAUUUACACUUAGAAAACUCCUGAUGUUGCUAUAACAAUGCAAAAAGCACUUACCAAUUUGCUUGAAGUGAAAAUCAGUCCUCCUUUCCUAAUUAAUAAAUUAAGCAAUCACACGGUCAUGCAGAACAUCUCGUGUUUUUAAAUCCAUAAGGAUCUCUUUCUCAAUGGCUAUAGCGGCAGUAAUGACAGUCGACUCGUCAGCAAGAUCUCUCGCUCGCUUUCAAAUUACGUCACUUAAAGCGUGAUUGGGUUACUCAAGGCCAGCUAGAAGGCCUCGACCGGGAAAUAUCCUAAAGAUCAGACCCACCAAGAACAAAUAAAUCAAUCUGAUUGGCUGAUGAAUCUGACAAUCUGACAUUAGAUGCCUAUUCACUUACACUGUUGAGGGAUUCUGUGGAAAUUCUGAAGGCCUGAGGGGGUGGAGCUCAGACUCAUGUGCUGCUUUGGGCAUGUGAUAUGUGAAACAGUUGUCACGCUUCGCUUGUAAGCAUCAAGGAAUAAAUUCUGACUGGAUAAACUUUAAAUUUUUCUCUAUUUGUUUGAAGAUUAAUUAAGAGUGGAAAGCAAUUAAAAAUACAUAGGCAAAAAGGUGACUGAGAAUGAAAGGAUGAAAAAUAUUUAUUUAUUUGGCAUGUUAGGCCAGCAGAGAAGGCUUUGCUGGCCCUGAGAAUUCGCCACUGGUUGGCACUGAUCUUGGCUCAGCUAAUAUGGGCAGGCGAGCCACUGCAGAUAGCUGCAGUGUUGCAGUGCGUAACGAUGCUAAGAGUGCUGCACUGAGCCAUGCAUCAGGCUGUGUUUCUCUCUGGAUCUGAAGGGGUAUAGCUGGGAUUUUGAAGGGAUAUGUCUAAUUAAAAUUCAACAGAGCAUAUUCAUACUCAUUCAAGUAGGCAGAAUCAAUUCCACUCCCUAACACUGGGAGGUGGUAUAAGUUUAACUUAAUACAAUGAAUGUAACAUACUUUGAUUUACGAAUUAGUAGUAAAUAUGUACAGCUGCAAUUUAAGGCAGGCUGUUUGAUCUUGCUAGGAGAGAAAAAUUGACUUGGAGUACUUCAAAAUCUGUUUUAUGUGCACAGAUCUUCUCUGUAUUUUGCUGAGAGAGAAUUCAUUCUACUUAUGAAAAGUCAUGUUCCAUAAGUGGAAUGUCCAAAAUCUCUAAUGUACUCUUUUAUAAUUCUUGUACUACAUUAAUUUUAGUAAUUUUGGCCACUACCCUUAACCUUAUGGCUUAUAAAAUAAUGACUCUAAACUGGAUUUCACUGCCUGGGUGUCUCCUACUCUCACUGCCAAGCCAAGAGGGUGUGAAGACUGAGACAGUGUGUGCUCUAUAACAACACAUUCCAAGACACUGAGCUCUCUGUCUCCCUCUAGUGGAUUUUAAGACUUCCAACAUUUUUAAAUGGCUCAAGUACACUGAGCUAUGUUUGGAGUGUGCAGUUUACACUAUACACUGUCUACCAUUUUAAAAAAGUAUUAUGUCAAACAGUAAAAUAGUAUGUCAAGCAGUUUGCAUUAUGCAGCAAAACCUUUCAAAAUGUCUCUUGAAAACUUUUGCAAAACUGAGAAAUUUUUUAAAAAAUCAUGACUGAUAUUAAUUAUGGAAAUGGAACCUAAGCACACUGCAAUAUUGUCUGCAGUGUGUUCAUGCUGUACACUGAAUGAAAUGUAGGUAAAUGCAAUCCGUUAAUUUCAUGCAUACAGAAAAUACUCCAUGCUGCAAAGGUAGUACUAGUACUUUGGUAGUAUGCUAUUCCGAACAUAGCCAUUGUCUGAGUACAAAUCUAGUUUAAAGGUUUAUAUAUUAUGGGUGUGCACAUAUAUUCUUUGUACACUAAAUAGAUUAGAUACAUUUAAAAAAAAAAAAAAAUUGUUCCAUAUGUAAAUCAAGACAACAGCCUAAAGGAUGCACUGGCAAAGCUAUUUAAACACAACCCCUGCUGUACCGCCCAUUAGUGCACCCAGGAGAAUGCUCCUUUAAUUUUAACUUUCUUUCUUUAGUGUAUGUUUAUAGGGAAAUGGAGUUAGUAGUAGGCAAGAACAAUGGAAAGCAUUUGAAUAAUGGCCUAACUGCUGGUUUUGUGAUUGUUGGCUCUGACUGAGCACUUUAAAAAUUUACAAACACACAUCAUGUACUCAGAAAAUAGGAAACAUGUACAGUAUGUACAGCUUUUUGUCUCUAAUUUUUCCUUUGUAACAAUGUCUGUCAUAUUCCCUUAUCAUAACUAUGCACUUCAGUAGAUUUCUCUGGAUUGUAAAGAAUAAACUAAUAAACAAAUGAAUAUAUAUAAAAAAUAACAAUAUACAAAAUAAAGGUUUGCAUAAAAAACA